UAGCUGACCCGGAAGUGGUGGUGGGGAAAUGGCGGCGGCGAGGGCACGGGCGGCGGCGGCGGCCUUGGAGGCGGCGGCGUCCCCCCCACGGGACGUGGUGCUUUUCCGACACGAACGGGAUCGGUUUUUCCGUUUAGCCGGGUUCUUCUGUGCGGGGCAGGGUCUUUUUUGGGCCUACCUGGCUCAUUUCGCUUUUACGGCUCUUCGACCGGCACCCGGUCCCGGUCCUGGUCCCGGUCCCGACGAUCCGCUCCGGCCCCGCGAUCAUAAAUGGAGAUUCGGUUUCACCGCCUCCUGCCUCACGCUCGGCUCUCUGAUCGUGGCAGCCGGUUGCCUGUUCCCGCUCCGUGCUGUCCGUCAGGUGACGCUGCUACGGGGCGGUUCGGAGGUGACGAUCAGCACCCACGGACCGCUGGGACUUGGCCGGGGUCCCACCGUCACCGUCCCGUUACGCCACAUCUCCUGCUGCGCUCACCGCAGCGAAGUGCCGGCUGCCGUCCCCCUCAAGGUGAAAGGACGACCGUUUUACUUUUUGCUGGACAAGAGGGGACAGAUUUACAACCCCCGGCUCUUCGACAUCACCGUUGGUGCCUACCGCAAGCUCUAGUUGACAGUGGGGGCCAGCCGGGACUGUUCACCCCUCGCCACUUCCAAAUAAACCCCUGAGCCCCCACCCCUAGCCGCAUCUCCGGAUGUUUUGUGAGGGUGAGCUUCGUCGUGUUCUUCGCCGAGCCCGGGAUCGAGCGCCUACUUCAACCCCAGCGCCUUCAGUGGCAUCCUCACCAUCUCCAAGGGUGUCCGUGGCUGCCGGAUCCUCGGCCAGCACCGCGCGCUGCGGUCGGUCCGAGGCUGGGGAGCCCCAUCGUCCCCUUCCACCAGCCUCGUUAGCUUCAUUAGCCUGACCAACCCACCAUCCCCUGCAGCCUCCUGGAGAUAUUCAAGGGGGUGAUGGACACUUACAGGCUCUCUCAGGGCCUUCCUCCUCAUCCUUUGGGGCCAGAGCACUCUGGCAAUGCCACCCUCUCCAUCCCAAGGACAGGUUUUGGGGCAUUUUAAAGCCAUUUGGACUAUGGUGUUUGGACGGGUAUUAGGGGGGUGUGGAAGGAUGGCUCGCAGGAGUUUUGGGGGAAAACGGGAUGGUUUUAGGGUCUUUUCAGGGGGUCUGUGCUUGGUGUUUCCUUCACUGUCCUGCCCCCGACCCGCCUCGGUGGCUCCCAGGGGGCGUGGCGAACGCAAAAGAGGGCGAACUAUGUAAAUCUAGGUCGGCGAGGUGCACCUCGUUUAAGGGCGGGGUUAUGCAAAUAGUCGCCGAGGAGUGGAGGGCGUGGUUAUGCUAAUCGUACACCCGCGGGCUUGAAAGGGCCGGCGGGAGGCCCCGCCUCGGUAGGUUGGGUGGGAAGGGAGGGGGCGGGGCGAAUGCAAAUUGCCGCGCGCAGCACGCCCAUCGGGUUGCCGCGGGGAAACGGCGAGGGGGCGUGUCGCACGGGAGCCAGAGGCGGGGAUACGCAAAUUUGGGCACCCAGGGGCUCCAAGGGGCCGGCGGGAGUCCCGGCUGAGGAGGUUCCCGGGGUCUCUCGGGGGUCGCUGUCCCGAAAAUGCGGGCGGGACGUGCGAGACGCUGCGGGGAAAUGAUCGAAAGAGGGACGAGAGAGGUCAGUGCGUGGCAGUAGGGCGUGAGCGUGAGCUGUGUGAGAGCGGGGGUCGGUGGGGCCGGGGUGGUGGGAGGGGUGGAGUUAUCGCUUCUCGGCCUUUUGGCUAAGAUCAAGUGUAGUAUCUGUUCUUAUCAGUUUAAUAUCUGAUACGUCCUCGAUGAGAGGACUUUAUAUUAAACGGAUUUUUGGGUUCGGGAGUUGGACCCGGAGCUUGCUCCCUCCGCUCCGCGCAUCGUCCCGGUAUUGCAGUGCCUCCGGGAACGGUGCAC